AUGACGGCGUACGUGGUGACAUACAUCAGCCAGACGGCCGACGAGCUCAGUGAUGCAUCCGUAGAGACGCUCUGUGGUCAAUUGCGUGCGAUGCAAGCGGCCGUGCAGCGUGUGGACCGGUUAGGUCCUCGAGCAUGCGACGUGUACGUCGAGGGCAACUUAGAGAAGCGGGCCUUGCAAGAGGGUGCUGUCUCUGCUGUGGGUGCCGACGCCGUACUGCAAUUGGCUAGUGUCCGUGGUGCGGCCCGCCGGCUCGUCGUCUUCGAUAUGGACUCGACGCUGAUCGAGCAAGAGGUCAUUGAGUUGGUCGCAAGACAUGCCGGUGUCGAGCCCGCGGUCAAAGAGAUCACUGACCGCGCGAUGAACGGCGAACUGGACUUCAAAGCGUCCCUGCGGGAACGUGUUGCGCUUCUGGCGGGGCUCGACACCGGAGGGCUCUACGAUUCCGUUCGGUCCGAACUUGUACUGACUCAAGGUGCCGACCAGUUGUGCCAGCUACUCCGCGAGUCCCAAGUCUCCACGGCAGUGCUCUCCGGUGGGUUUGUGCCCUUCGCAGGGCACAUCCAGCGCGUGUUGCAACUGGACUACAUGCGUGCCAACACUUUGGAGACGACCCCCGAGGGGAUCCUCACGGGGCGCACCUUGGGACCCGUGGUAGACGGCACCGCCAAGGCCAAUGCAGUACGUGAACUGUGCAGUGAGCUGGGCAUCGACCCGCAAUCCAGUGUGAUGGUCGGCGACGGGGCCAACGACUUGCCCGCGAUGGCCACUGCGGGAUUCGGCGUCGCGUGGCACGCCAAACCGGCCGUCCGCGAGGCAGCACCCUCCCAAUUGAACGGUCCGACACUUUUCGACGUCAAGUACGUGUUAGGUUAUAGAGAUACGUAG